AUGUCUGCCAAACCAGCCCGGAUAACCACAACCGGCUUCUCGGUCCCUUUGAUAUACCGCCUUUUCUUCCUGGCAAUCGAGCCCAUAUCCGCUCUUGUCGGGGCCUUUUACGCUCACUUUCGUCAGGAUGAGUACCUCUUGCUCACUCAUGCCGUCUCGAAGCCUGAGGUGAUUCCCCAGGGCACCGGAAUAGUCCUGUCUCAGCUGGCAAAUCUCUACCUCUUCUUCGCCCUCAACGAAGCACUCGUUCUCCGCUCGACGCCUGACCUUCAGGUCUGGAAGACCGUACUGUUUGUGCUACUGAUCGCCGACUUUGGCCACCUGUACACCGUCAGAAGCUUGGGUAUCGAGGUUUACUACAACUUUACCCAGUGGAACGCCAUCGACUGGGGCAACGUGCCGUUCGUCUACGUCGGCGCCUCAAUGCGCAUCGCAUUCCUGGCUGGCGUCGGAAUGAACGGUCGACGUGACCGGGCCAAGAAGCACCAGUAG